AUGUCGUUCUCCAACGCAGACACCGGCAGCAAGACCGCCGACCCCUACAAGGCCGCCAACCUCGAUAAUGACGUUUCCGUUAAGGAGAAGGUCGAGGCGUUCGUCAAGUUCGCCGAGAAGUCCAAGUUUGGCAUGAUGACCACCAGAGACGCAAAGUCUGGCGCCCUGGUCUCUCGUGCCAUGGCUCUCGCCGCCUCGGAAAACGGUGGCGUCGACUUGCUCUUCCAUACCAACACCGAGUCCAACAAGACGGAUGAGAUUGACAGCGACCCCCAUAUCAACAUCGCCUUCAUCAACAGCUCCGGCGACUGGGCCUCUGUCUCGGGUAUCUCCAGCGUCAUCACCGACCGCUCGUUGGUCAAGAAGCACUACAGCCCCACCCUGAAGGCGUGGCUCGGUGAUCUCGGUGAUGGUACCCACGACGGCUCUGAGAACGAUCCUCGCAUCGGUGUCAUCCGUGUCAAGACUACCAGCAUCACGUACGCCAUCAGCAAUGCUACAUUUGUUGGCAAGGUCGCUCAGUUAGCUGAGGGCGUUGUGACAGGCAAUGCGGCGCAGGUCAACAAGUUGAGGGAGGUGACAUCCCAGGAGGUCGAGCAAUACCGCUCAGCGGCUUCCUCUUAA